CACGAACAUCUCCAAUUACCUCGUAUCUUCGUCCUCUCAGAUCUCUUCUUCUCUCUACUUUUCCCACGCUCUGCAACCAUUUCCCACCUCUAGAACAGGGGAGAUUUCGAAGAAUCUUCUGGAGAAGAGAAGAAAAAUCACACGAAAAGGGUUGCUCGGCAGAAGGGAAAAAGAUCAACCGAGAUGGCUUACAAGAACAGAGUAGAAGAAGAGACCACUCUCUCUCCUUCUUCUUCUUCUUUGAGUGAAGCUUUACUAUUUGCUACUAUGUGCAUCAUUGGUUUGCCAGUCGAUGUGCAUGUCAAGGAUGGUUCUGUAUAUUCUGGUAUAUUUUACACCGCUUGUGUGGAAAAGGAUUACGGUAUUGUUUUGAAGAAAGCAAAAUUGACUAAAAAGGGAACGAGUGAUACAAAUGUAACAGGUGGAACUGUGGUAGAAACACUUGUUAUCCUCUCAGGUGAUCUAGUUCAAGUUGUUGCCAAGGGUGUCUUGCUUCCAUCAGAUGGUGUUGCACAGAAUAUUGUGGGUGACAAUGUAGAAUCUAUUUUGGGCAACGUUUAUAAUUCCAAGGCUCUAGUGGGUGAGGCAAAGAAAUCUGCCAAGCCUGGUAUGGACAGAAGGCGAAAUAAUCAAAGAAGUUUGCUAGUGAGGACGGCCAAUGUACUCCCUUUUGAAAUCUGUCAAAACAGGAGUUCAAUGCAAAAUGGGAAUGGUUUUGUGCAUGGUUUUGCACCCACAAAAGAUGGGAAGGAGAAAGAUGGGUGGACAACAUCGGAAAAUCAUGUUGGGAAUUCCUUGGAAGUUGAUUAUGGGGAAAGAGACGAGAUGAAUGUCCUAAAGAUAGAAGAAGCAUCUGUUUUCUCAAUAAGUAACAGACAGGUUGAGGAAGACUGUUUACAAGAGGUUCCUGCUGAUUCUAAGCAGAAGUGUGAAUUUAAUCGGGAAUUAAGUGCUGAUGUUCAGAGCUCGAAUUCAAGCUGUAAGUCUUUCUGCCUUGAUACUCUUGGCCAGGUUUAUAGUCAUCUUAGUUCCACUUAAAUAGGAUAUUUCAGUAUAAGACCCUCUGAAAGGAUGUUAACACAACUUUUAUGGGCCUUCACACACAAUUUGAAUAUUAUAACUGGGCCUUUCUGCAUUAUUACGUUG